CGCUGGUUGGUGACGUUCUCCCAGUGCCGCGUUAUCUGACAAGCUAGUGUAGCGACUUCCGGGGAGGAAAGUAGCCAUGAGUACGUGAGGUACACACACCUGUCACCCUGUCCCUACUCCCCUCUCCCUCAACCCCUCGGGAAGGUGAAAAUAAGUGUCAUUUAAUCCAAGAGUCACCCUGAACGACUUGGUCACUCCGCAUGAGGUCACAAGCAAUUACUAGCGCAGAGGGCCAAGGUGGAAGGUGAGGCGAAGUCUGGAUGAUAGAAGCCAGGCGCGGCUGAGGCCAAGGAGAGAUUGGGCUGUCUUGCAUGUUCCUGUCACAGAGGAUUGUGUAGCAGCCUUUCAUCUUGCCGAAAUGGCUGCCACCGCCCGUUCUCAUUCCGACUCGGAAUGUCUUCAGCUACAGUCCCUGGUCUACUACCUUGUACACCCACACUGUGGCAGCCUCAUUAAUGCAGAUGGCCAUGGUGAAGUUUGGACAGAUUGGAAUGAUAUGUCCAAGUUUUUUCAGUAUGGAUGGAGAUGUACUACUAAUGAGAAUGCCUAUUCUAACCGCACCCUAGUGGGCAACUGGAACCAGGAAAGAUAUGAUUUAAGACAUAUUGUGCAACCUAAAUCAUUGCCUUCACAGUUUGCACACUACUUUGAAACAACUUAUGGUACAAGCUACAACUGCAGAAUGCCAAUUUCAACCCAUAGAUUUAAGCGAGAGCCUCACUGGUUCCCAGGACAUCAACCUGAGCUGGAUCCUCCUCAAUACAAAUGCACAGGAAAGUCAACUUACAUGGCUAGCUAUUCAAAGCCUCAAAUUGGACAGCAGUGGCUUUGUGUGCGGAAUUCUAAUAACUGUCAAUUUCAGGGUCCUAGAUUAUAAGUAAGAAUAAGAAGCUCAUUUUUUGAGAGUAGAAUGUAGGAGAGAGCGCAUUCUAGAAGCACAACUAAAAAUUUAGCUGAGAAACAUCUCCAAAUAAAAAGCAAAAGAAAAUGGUGUCUACCUUUUUAAAAAAAUUAACAAAAACUUAAAUAUCAAUUUUAAUUAUAUCUACUUUUUGUUCUCCGUUUAAGUAUUGCAUAGAGCAAUGAAAAAAGCCGAGUGGCGUGCCCUCCACUCAAAUCUACAACCUCUUUGCUUUCUUUCUCCUUCCAUCAGUGCAGAACUGCAAAUCCAUCAUGACUCGGGUUACAUUUAGCCACAUGUUUUCUAGAUAUGAAGCUGGUCACCAGCACACAGUCUGACUAUUAUGACAUUAGUGAACACCUCCUCUUAAUUUUCUGUAUAAAAAUUACUUUUUAUACAGAAUUUAAGUCAUACAAAAAUAGGGUAAUUUAAUGAAUUCCCUAGCUUCAACAAUUUUUCCUAGCUUCAACAAUUUUUAGCCAAUCUUAUUUACGCCUAUCUACUUUUUCCUCCUUUUUUUUUGAACAUUGGAGCAUGCUUCAGAAACUAUGUCAUUUUAGCUAUAAAAUUUCAAUUUAUAUCUCAAAGGGAUAAGGCUUGUUAAUUUUUUUAAUCUAUCACAAAAUCAUUAAAGAAACUCGUUAAUAAAAAUAAAACUGUAUUGUUAAACCUGUAGCAGUGAAGAUCAAUUCGAUGUGCAAUCUUGACAGUGAUUCAGAAGAGGGCUGCUAGGGUAGGUUACUUACUGGGAUUGGGAUAAAGACUUGAUUUGUUUGUAGGUUUUCAAAGAGGGUACCCGAUAGGGCAUUGAGAAGAGAUGGUGAAUAGUUUUGGGUUAGUCAAUACAGGUAAGAAACAGUGUUAAUAUUGUUAAACAUACUAGUAUUUUCCUUUUUAAAAAUAUCCUGAUUAUGAUAACAAUGUAAUGUAUUAUCCUCCUGAGCACAUAUUACCUCCUGAGCCCUCAUUAUUUUAUGUUACAGAGACAGGUAUGAAAUUUAUGAUGUAUAUAUUAUGCAGGAAUAUUUCCAAUUUUCUGUGUGGCUAUAUAAAUUUUCAGCACAUAGAAUGUACCAAUUAAUUACUGAAAAAUCAUACUUUCUCCACUACUCUUCAGUACCAUUUUAUUGUAAAAUGGUAUUAGCUAUCUGUAUAUUUAGGUAUGUUUCUGGGCUUUUUGCUGCAAUCUGUUAUCUUUAAUGUCCUUCUGUGUACUAUCUUUGUAGCUUUAGUGACCUAAUGAAAGUUAUGUAUAUUUUACCAUAAUUAUUAAAAAUGGAAAUAAGAAAUAUAAUAAGAUAAAAAAACAAAUUUAAAAUAUUUGCCUAUAAAGCAGUAUUUGUAUCACAGGGACUCACACCAACAAGUUACUAGAAUUAAUAAGAAACAAUAACUCAAAUUCUAAAGUUCUAACAGUGCAGUGUGGUUUCCAUCAAUAACCUAAUAGUAUCUUUUUGUGGAACUUUACAAAGUCUAAAAUUCAUAUGGAAAUGCAAAAGAUUAAAAAUAGCAGACACUUUUGAAGAAAAACAAGAUGAAAGGAUUUGAUAUAUUAGAUAUUAAGACAGACUUAGCAUAAUUAAGGUAACUAUUCUUUUUGAAUAAAGAUUAUUUUGGAAUUGUUUUCUUAAUUUCUUUUCAGAUUUAUUGAUUGUUAGUCUAGAGAAAUGCAACUGGUUUUUGUGUGUUGGUUUUGUAUUUGCUGCAAACAUUGGUGAAUUUAUAUAUACUAGGUGGUUUUUAAUUAAAUUAUUAGCGUUUUUUUAUUUAGGAUUUUCUACAUGUAUUUAAUUAUCAAUAAGUAGUUAAUUCUAUUUCUUUUUUUUUAAAGAUUUAUUUAUUCAUUCAUACAGAACUGGGGUACAGGCCA